AUGGGUCUUAUGGUAUCUUUAAAUGGUGUCGCGGGAGGCGUUGAAAAAUUAUAUUGUGAUGAGCCUAAUCCGUUAAACAUUGAAGAGCUGAAGAGGUCUCGAGAACCAGAUCGAGGUAUGAUUGAACGUGACGACCAGGGAAAUGUGAUCGACGUUAUUAUCGAUAAGGAGAAAGAUGAAGAAUCUGAUACAAAAAUUCAUCCUACACCCGCGAAGACAGAUAUUGUAAGAGAAUUAGAAGCACAAGCUUCAGUUGUAUAUAAAAGAGAGCAAUAUCAGUCUGAGGAAGAACGACUAUUU